AUGGACCGUUCGCUGAUGAAAGUGCGGAUUGAGAGCGGUGAAGCUGUCGUUGUCGGCCAUGGCUCAUCUGCAUCAGAUGCUUCCUACGAACAAUUCGAGGAGGAAGGUGAAGUAGAGGACGUCGAGAAAGCGAUAAAUGACUGGCGGCAGGCCUUCGCAUUGUUGCCUCCAGAUGACCGUCACCACGCACCCGCGGUACGAAACUUUGCAUAUGCCCUCAUGGAACAUUUCAAGCUCAAUCGAGCAACGGAUACCGAGGAAAUCGACGAAUCCGUCCAGCUCUUUCGAACUGCACUUGCACUUGUUCCGUUCGAGCAGAGAAAUCGCUAUUUGUAUCUGAGCGGGUUGGCAGCUGGCCUUCACUCCCGCUUUGAAUGCCACCACCGCUUGGACGACCUUGAGGAGGCAUAUCGCUUGAAUUGUGAAGCCUGGAAGACAUGUCCCUCAGACGAUCCAAAUUGUUCCAUCAUGUCGGGUAACCUUACCAACACGCUAUGUGCCAUGUUCAAACAGCACAAUCUAGUCGCAGAUCUCGACGCAACAGUCGAUGAUUUGCGUAAUUCAUUGCUAUCCGAACGAGAUGAGUUCACGGAACCGUCUAUCUCUACCAUUGAUACGGACAAAGAUGAUGAGCGGGAAGCCGUUGACGCGACUCGUGUAUCUUCCCUGAGGUAUUUGACAAAGGUGUUGCUUUCUCGUUUCGAUAGCUGGGCAAGGCGGGAGGACUUGGACGACGCUAUCUACUACCUUCGCGAGAUGAUUUGCAGAUGCUCUUCAGACUCUCUGGAAUAUUUUUCAACCUCAUUCGAUCUGCUCACUGCUCUUCACGAACGUUACGAUGGUCAAAAAAACGACGCAGACCGAGACGAGUGUAUAUCGCUUCGCCGCAUAGCUCUUGCUACUAUGUCGGACACCAAUCCGGAGCGCCCCUUGAUGCUACAAAACUUAGGUGUCCUCCUUGAAAGCCGAUACGACGACAAUGGCGUAGACCAAGACUUGGAGGACUCGGUGCGAUGUUACCGCGAUGCCCAAGCUCUCUGGCCCUCCGAGGCUCCUGAGCGUACCAACACACUCCGGAAGCUUUCCGACGCAUUGCGCACCUCAUUCAUUUUGCAUGGCCGUGAAGAAGACCUACAGGAGGCCUUGAAGUACGGCCGUGCAGCGAUCGUCCGUCCUCCCAAGGAUGCGGACGACGCGAUGUUGCUUAUGGCCCUUGGAAACAGUCUUACGGUGGAGUACGACUCUUCUGGAAAACAUGAGAGCUUGAUGGAGGCAAUCCAAUGCUUUCGAGAUGCUUUGUCCGUACUCUCCCUGGAUCAUGACGACCGCCAUCUGUUCCUAACGAACCUUGGAAAUUCUAUCCUGGACCUGUCUCGGUUGAGUAGACCGAACGAGAACUUGGAAGAAGCGACGGAGCUUUUCCGCGAUGCUGUUGUGCUCUGUCCUCCAGGUCACACAGGCCGCUUUAGUGCUCUGGUCAAUUAUGCGACAGCAAUCCACGAACGCUUCGAUAGACAUGGAAAUAUCACCGAUCUUGAAGAAGUGAUUAACAUCUAUCGAGAGGCAUUGACGCUCUUCUCUGAUGGGAACCAACAGAGGUUUCAUCCAUUAGUGAAUCUAGGCAAUGCCGUCCUGGAUCGAUUUGAGCAGCAGGGACGGAAAGAGGACAUCGACGAAGUAGUGGCACUCUACUAUCAGGCCCUCCCCUUACGCCCGACAGGGCAUUCUGAACGUCCGGUGUGUCUAACCAAUCUGGCAGAUGCCUUACACGCGCGGUUCGAUUUGGAAGGGCGGCUGGACGAUUUGGAGCAGGCCGUCUGUUAUGGUCGUGAAUGCGUCGCACUGUGUGAUCACGGUCAUCCGAGGCUUUCCCUAUAUCUGAACAAUCUUGGAACAGGGCUUUACGCCCUAUUCAAGAAGCAGGGAAAACGAGAAAUUAUUGACGAGUCCAUCUCUCUCCAUCGUUCAGCUCUUCAUCUACGUCCUGUAGGGCAUCCAGAUCGUUCUUGGUCCCUCAACAAUCUCGUGGAUGCUCUAAAUGCACGCUUCUCUCUUGAACAUCGUCCACAAGACAUAGAAGAAGCAGUCAGCUUAAGUACCGAAGCCGAAGCUAUAGUCAGGCGCACUAGUCAUCAUACGCUCACAAACAUAAAAGUCAGCUUGGCAGAGUCGUACCUCUUGCAGGACAACGUCGACGCCGCCUGUCAAAUGUUUGAGAAGGCUGCAUCGUACGCCAAUGCGACACUAGAGGAUCGCUAUCGAGCAACAUACUUAUGGGCCACAUCGGCGUACAAGUGUACCCACUCGAGCACACUCAAGGCUUACGAAUGCGCGUUGGUGCUCCAAAAAGAGUGCAUCGUCACGCGAGCCACCAUCGAAAUACAACACCGGUUCCUCGCACGAUCAGACCUGGAGCGUGCGGUUGAGAUGCUAGAGCAGGGUCGAGGACAACUCUGGUCCAAGAUGCGAGACUACAGACAUCCUUUAGAUGACCUUCGCGGAGUGGAUCCCGAACUCGCACAGAUAUUCAAUGACACGAGCUCCGAACUCGACAAGCUGGCUAGGUCCAGUGCCUCGGAGCCAAUUUCUGGGGUAUCGGCGGAACCACAGUCGGGUUUUGACAAGAAGGCCACACAACAGCGUCUAUUGUCAGAGAAGUGGGAUGAAACAGUCCAGAAAAUUAGAGAGAUUGAUGGGUUUUCUGAUUUUCUCCGGAUCAAACCAUACAGCUCUCUCCAAGCUGCUGCGGUGGGCGGGCCUGUCAUCAUUGUCAACAUGAACUCUCUCCGCUGUGACGCAUUUAUCUUGCGCAACACUGGUCCGCCGACCGUCGUGCCGCCCUCCUCAGAUCUUCCGACAGUUGUUACUCGCCUCUCGCGUCAGAUGAUACCUAUCAAGCGCAGAGCUCUGGACCGGGCCCGGUAUGUCUGUGAACCUGUCGUCAAAGAGCUCAUUCGGUUCAAGGGAGACGGCGGCCUAGAACCACGACAGAACGAAUUGCCCCGUAUAUGGUGGUGUCUAACCAGCAUGCUAGGUUCUUUGCCCAUUCACGCUGCGGGGCCAUACGUCGAAGGACAGAAGAAUCUAUCGGACUACUUCAUAUCCUCAUACACCCCCACUUUAUCUUCUCUCAUUGCUUCAAGACGAGCUCGGCGUACUGAUCCAAUACCCGAGCCUUCCGUGGCCCAGCUACUAGCUGUUGGACAAUCCAAAGCUCUCCCACAAGUCAACCAAGAGUUCAAGGAAAUUCAUAACAUACUCGGGGACAGCGUACAUAUCCAGGACGACGUCCAGGCGACACCGAAAUCUGUUGUUCGCCAACUCAAAAACCACCCAUGGGUCCACUUCGCAUGCCACGGAUCCCGGUAA